AUGUCUUCCGCGCAGAGCCCAGUCACCCAGUACACUGGCCACGAACUGGACCAGCCACAAAAAUACGUCAUUGCAAGCUUUGCAGCUAUUGUCUUUUACAGUUCAAUCGAGCUAAUUGCACUAUGUCUCACGACCUUCAAGCGAUACACGGGCUGGUAUUUCUGGAGCUUGUUCAUUGCAUCCUGUAGUCUUAUUCCACACGGCCUCGGCUUCAUCUUUUUUAUCUAUCCACUUGGAGUUAACGCUUACGUUUCCGUCACAUUGAUUAUAAUAAGCUGGUACUGCAUGGUAACAGGACAUUCACUCAUUUUAUGGUCGCGUCUUCAUCUUGUUGUGCAGGCACGUAAGCUCCUCAGGUUCCUUCUCAUUAUGAUUCUCAUCGAUGCCGUUGCAUUUCACGUUCCUACAACUGUUCUCUUGUACGGCUCCCUCAGUCCUAACGGAGCUCGGUUUGCAAGUGGAUACAAAGUGAUGGAACACAUUCAGCUCAUUGGCUUCGCUGUCCAAGAAUGCGUCAUCUCCUCCAUCUAUAUCUGGGAAACAUCGAAAUUGCUACGGCUUCGACCAGACCGACUUCACUAUACGAUACUGACCCAGCUACUGGGCAUCAAUAUUAUUAUUCUAAUCCUCGAUGUAGCCGUCGUGGGGAUCGAGUAUGCGGGUCUCUAUGCCCUGCAAGUGAUGUUCAAGCCGGUUGCAUACAGUGUCAAAUUCAAAUUGGAAUAUGCCAUUCUGGGGAAAUUGAUCCAAAUUGCGCGGGUAUCGUUAUCAAGCGAGGAGCCGUUAUCGUCCAGUUCACAAGGGCCCGAUGGCCCUCCCUCUGAUUCGGUCAGUUCACGUCCAACCCGUGCUGGUCAUCAAAUGCCAGUGCUUCGUUCAUGCACACUCUGUGGGUUCUGCACAGGCGUUCGGAAGCCUGCCCGCCAUCGGUCACACGUUUAA